CCAUGAACUCAUGUUGUUGGGUUCCAUGGAACCCAAAACUGGGUUUGUUACUGGGUUCUACAGAACCCAGCAAUCUGGGUUCCAUUGAACCCAAAUCUGGGUUCUGUGGAACCCAACGAUAUGGGUCAAACGAACCCAAAUAGCUGGGUUUUGCAGAACCCGGAUCUGGGUUCAACGGAACCCGGAACUGGGUUCAACGGAACCCAGAACUGGGUUCAAACAAACCCAGCGUUUUGGGCUCAAAUGAACCCAGUAACAAGAGGAGGAAGAAAGAAAGAGGGUGAAGAAGGUUUGGUAGGUCACAACAGCAAGAGGAAGAAAGAGAAAGCAAAAGGGGGAAGAAGAAAAAGAGGGGGGAGGAUCCUAACUUGGUAGGGUUCGGUCAGCAGAGGAGGUAACAAGAGGAGGAAGAAGAAAGAGAAAGAAAGAGGGGGAAGAAAACAGGUGGAGAGGUUUUUGUUAUUUUUUUAUAAAAAAUAUAAAAAUUU